UGACGUCUAUCAAAGCGCUAGUGAAAGUUAUUUUAUAGAUAAGAAACUGUGCACGAUCAGACUGUUGAAACAAAACGAUAUUAAACUUAAAUACCAGAAUCCGGCAAUUUAGAAAAGACAAUUUCCUCAUAUAGAUUUAACAGUACCACUUCACCUUCUACUUUUAGUUUUUGUUUUUCAAGUCACCAUAAUCGAAUAUGAAACGAACAAAAAACUACAACUAUCUCAGGCUCGAAAACGAUAUCAACUAGACUAUUUUCCUGAAUAGGUGAUAUUACUUAAAAAAGAAAAAAAAACUUCCAAGUGGAAUGAUGCGUAGUCGAGAUGUUUAUUAGGAAAGAGAUGUUCAUUCUUCUUUCAUUAUACUAUAAAAAUAAUUCUAUCUUCUAAGACGAUUUCUGACCAAAUCUUAUUUUGUAAUUGAUAUGAAAGUUUCAAUGAGAAUAAUGAAAUAACCAUUUCUAUACGAAUUUUAAUAGAUUAAAAUCUCUCGAAACAUGUCAUAUAUUGUUUUUUUCUUUAUUAAAGUAAUCGCUUAUAUAUUAUCUUAAUGUGAACGUAUUGAUCCUCAUUAAUGUGAUGAAUGUGAAAAUUGACUUGCUAUAUUAAUCCAAAGAUCAGUUCUUCUUGUUAGCAUUAAUAUCAUUGUUAGAUAUUAUUUAUAAUUAUUUUGUCAAUUAAUGUUCAUUUCUACCAAUUUAUUCAUGAGAGAGUUGAAAAUUGUGUAAGAAAAUGAGCGUCCUCUUUUUUAAUAGUCAAUCUUUCAUUUGGUUUAUUUUGUUAAAUAUAUUUAAUUUUGUUUAUUAGUUGGAUUACUUUCGAGAUUUCUAUUAUGUCUUUAUGAUAAUAAUACACGUGUAAUAAAUAUCUUAUUAAAUGGUUUACGAACAUUAAUACCCGUUUUUUGUAAAAUUAAUUAA